AUUUAUGUUCAUAAGUAUCGGACCCAUAGACUUCUUUUUCCUAUAUUGAAACAAAUUUAUAAAAAAAACUCUUAUAUGCGUAGUAAAUAUAAUGUUUCCGUUAUAUAUAGACCAUAAGUUUCUUCAUUAAUCCCACUUUAGUUUCUUUAAAUCCCACCCCUCAAAGCAUAAGCCAAACCUCUCUUUCUCAUAUGCAACCACCACACGACCAGAUGGAGGUAUGUUCAACAGUCACGACCAAGAAGCUCUCAAGCCUCGCGAAACUAAUCCUCUUCACAAUCCAGAAGGUCUCAGACGCCUCACGUCACAAACUCCUCACUACGCUCGAUCCACACCUACUCGCAAAACACGGCAAGACCCUACGCAAGUCUCUGAACGACGUCGUAUCAACUUCCCACUCCCGCAUCACGUGCCGUCCUUCCGACCACGACGACGUACGAUCCUCCUUCAUCUCGCCUGUCCCCAUCCAGCUCCACUACGAGUUCAGCUGCAGCAGCACCCCACCGAGACGUUCCUACGCCCCAACCACCACCGGCUACCACGUCAGCAUCGGACGACGCAAACCGCUUAUCAACAAACGCCAACGCCACGCGUAUAUAAGGUACAACACGCUCCCUAAGGUCCGACACGUGGCGGCGGCCGUGUUUCCUGACGUAGCUAGCAGCACGGGAACCAUGGAUAGCUGCCACGUGGACAGAGCCGCCGAGGAGUUUAUACAGAGGUUCCAUAGACAGCUGAGGUUGCAGAGGUGGAUGAUGGCUCAGGAGGUUUAAAACAUUUGAUUCGUCAGCGUCACUUUCAUUACACCAAAUAUCAUAUCAAGUUAUAAAAAAAAAUCUAUACUAUAAUAGCAGAGCCGUGCCCACUAAAGAAAUUUUGAAGCAUUCGCUUCUGUUAAAUAAUUUUAACAAAAAAUUAUAGGGCAUACAUUUAUAUAUUUUAUUUUAUACAUACAUAGACAAUCUCUGUUGAUUGCUUCUUAACUAGAUUACAUAGAUCAACAAAUCACAAUCAAUGUUCAUUUCACAUCUUUUCUAUAAUUACAACUUAGAUAUUUCUAUAAUCACUUUUUACCAUAUUAAUUUUUUUCUUAAUCUUUAUAUAAUUCUUAUUGCUUGGUUUACAAAUUUAAAAGAAUCUAUGUAAUUAAAAGACUAAUUUGUAUGUUUUAGUUUUAUAUUUGUUAAAUAACAUAAAAUGAUAGUAAAAUACUUUUGUAUCUUCUAUCAAUUUUUUUUUCAAAAAUUGAUUACUUAUACAUUAGUUUGUCAUAAGACAAUAUUGUCAAAAAUAUGUAUUAUUUUUAUUUUGCUUACGACAUCAAAAAAGCUUCGCACGGCUCUGUAUAAUAGGUAACUUUCUUAGUCUCGUUUUAAAUUUCUAAGUUCUUCUUAAUUUUACGUUUUUCCUCUUUUGUAAUCCAUGAUCGUGUUUAGGAUCUGCGUGGAUGAAACUGUAGGUCAAUCAAUCUUUCGAGAUAGCUCUCUGUGUGUUAGCAGCGCAUGUAUCUGAAAAUAAUAUAUCGUUUAGUAGUAAAAUGAAUAAGUGAAAAUAUCUUUACAUAUGUUCAUGUAA